CUGUAAACAAUUUAGCAAGGUGCUUGUUUAUAUUUUUCUCAAUUAGCGGUAAAUUUUCAACUGAUGAACCCAAAAUACUGGAAACAUUAACGGAAAAUAAAUAACACAGUAAAAUGGGUCAAGCAUUACAAAGAGCAGCUCAGUGGACGUCUGCAAAAGAUGGAGCAGGAGGAAAACUGGAAUUUACCUCCAUUAAUGAAGAUCUUCUCAACGCCAUUUUGAAAUUUGUUGAAACAACAGGAAAAUCCACAGAAGAAGCUAGCCUGACUUUUAAGACUCCAUUAAAAUGGCAAACAUCUUUAAAUCCACAACAUUUUCAAGGCUCUGGAUUUUCUGAUAGUGGUGAUGAUGUCAUAUCAGAUAAUAAAUCGAGUAAAGAUGACACACCAUUAUUAAAGUUACACAAACUCGCCAAAGACAAAUACGAAGUGAACAUAUCUACGUUAGGUUAUGCUGAACAAGUGCUAAGAAUUGCUGGAGAUAAGAAAAUGGUGGAACUAAGAGGCUGUUUAGAAGCCAAUAGAGAUCCAGUAGUAAAUAUGCUUGGAGAGAGAUUUGCUACAGUUGAAACAGACGACAACUCCAUAUUUAGAUAUAUUGAAGAAAUUACCAAAGAAAUCGAACAAAAUGCCAAACAAGAACAAACUGCAGAAGGUUCCAAAUCUGCAGAAGUGGAGGAAAAGAAAAUAGUCCUCCGAUUGAGAUUGAAAUUACUACGCCUUGAUGAACAGUUAAUGAAUAUGAGCAUCCAGAAAAUGUCAAGUGAAGUAAGAUUAAGCCCGGCAUCUGUUGAUGGUGAAGUAACCAUAUUAAAACAACUAUCAGGAUCAGAUGAAACUAAAUGUGUUCUAGAAUAUAUAGACUAUUAUGGAGAAACGUUUGUAUCGAAGAAUGGAUGCCGUGCACAGCCAUGGAGACAGUUACAUGGUGAUAUCUGUUAUAUUUAUGUUAAAACACACGAUAAAGACACACCAUUAUAUAUCACAGCCAAUACUAGUGGUUACUACCUAAAUAACGGUCCUGAUCCAGAGAAACCGACCCAGUUGGACUAUACUAGACCAGAUAGCACAACCUACAGAGAUCUAGUUUCAUUGUUGAAAGAUAAUAGUUCCAAAUUUGCAGAGCUUAUAGAUCAACAGGAAUUCACAUUAAAAGUUGAACAGAACGACAAAAAGAAGAUAGAAAUGUCUGAACAAACCGAACAGAAUGAAGAUUAUCAGAAGAAAAAGAAUUCAUACGAACAAAAUACCAGGAAUGAAAAUGAUCAAGAUUCUGAUAAAGAUAAAAAUCAGAAAAAUAGAACUCAAUCCAAGAAGAAAUUAGAGCCAUCUUUAAAAUGGAAAGUUUUGGGUGUUGAUGACAAUAAAAUACAAGAAGAGGAUAAGUCUAUCACUAAAACAGAGAAAAAGAAAAGACCAGUUCAGAAAUAUAAAUCUAAAACACCAAUUGAUAAGGAAGAGCCAUUCAGUGAGAGUGAAACAGAGAGUGAAGAAGAAGAGGAAGCUGUAGAAAGAAGAGCAGAAGCUAAUGCUGACUUACCAUCUGAAUACUGGCAAAUACAAAAACUUGUCAAAUAUUUAAAGGGAGGCAAUCAGACUGCUACUAUUAUUGCUCUAUGUUCAUUACGUGAUUUUAAUCUAUCGUUAGAAACAUGUCAACUGGCUAUCAGAGACGUGGGCGGACUGGAAGUUUUAAUUAAUUUAUUGGAUACAGAGGAAGUCAAAUGCAAGAUCGGUGCUUUAAAGAUAUUAAAAGAGAUUUCCAAGAAUACUCAGAUCCGACGAGCAAUCGCUGAUUUAGGGGGUUUACAAACAAUGGUUAAGAUUUUACGUGAUACAAAUAAAGAUUUAAAAUGUCUUGCUGCUGAAACUAUUGCCAAUGUAGCUAAAUUCCGACGUGCUCGUAGAACUGUCAGGCAACAUGGCGGCAUCAAAAGAUUGGUCAGUCUCUUAGAUUGUGCUGGAUUAAACAAACCAGACAUGGAGAAAGAUGUAGAAGUAGCAAGAUGUGGUGCUCUAGCUCUUUGGAGUUGCAGUAAAAGCAAGAAGAACAAGGAAGCUAUGAGGAAAGCUGGAUCCAUACCAUUAUUAGCUAAAUUAUUAAAAUCUACACACGAAGACAUGUUAAUACCUGUGGUCGGAACUCUUCAAGAAUGUGCCUCAGAGCCAAGUUAUAGAUUAGCCAUUAGAACUGAAGGAAUGAUAGAAGACUUGGUUCAGAAUCUCAAAAGUUCCAAUCAAGAAUUACAGAUGCAUUGUGCUUCAGCUAUAUUCAAGUGUGCUGAAGAGAAAGAAACACGAGAUUUAGUCAGACAAUAUGGUGGACUGGACCCUCUAGUCACAUUACUUACCAAUAUUGAAAAUAAGGAAUUAUUAGCAGCUGCCACUGGCGCCAUUUGGAAAUGUGCCAUUAGUCCUGAAAAUGUACAGAGAUUUGAAGAAUUAAAAGCUAUAGAUCAGUUAGUCACAUUGUUAAACAACCAACCAGAAGAGGUUUUAGUUAAUGUUGUCGGAGCUCUAGGUGAAUUAGCCAAGGCUCCACCAAACAGAAUGCAGAUUCGUAAAGCUGGCGGUAUCUCUCCACUAGUUAAUUUACUGACUGGUACCAAUCAAGCUUUAUUAGUCAAUGUAACUAGAGCAGUAGGAAAAUGUGCUGAAGAACCAGACAACAUGAUUAUAAUUGAUAAAUUAGAUGGAGUAAGGUUAUUGUGGUCUUUAUUAAAAAAUCAAAAUCCCGAAGUACAAGCCAGUGCUGCCUGGGCUAUCUGUCCUUGUAUUGAAAAUGCAAAGGAUGCUGGUGAAAUGGUAAGAUCGUUUGUGGGUGGUUUAGAAUUAAUAGUCAGUCUAUUAAAGUCUGAAGAUAAAGAAGUAUUAGCUAGUGUAUGUGCAGCUAUAGCUAAUAUUGCUAAAGAUGAGGAAAAUUUAGCUGUUAUAACAGAUCAUGGUGUUGUUCCCAUGUUAGCCAAAUUAACAAAUACUACUGAUGAUAAAUUAAGAAGACAUCUAGCAGAAGCCAUUUCAAGAUGUUGUAACUGGGGUAACAAUAGGACAGCGUUUGGUCGAGAAGAUGCUGUAGCACCAUUGGUCAAAUACUUAAAAUCUAGUGAUGAAAAUGUCCAUAGAUCUACAGCCAGGGCACUGUUCCAACUCUCUAAAAAUCCUGAAAAUUGUAUCACCAUGCAUGAAGCAGGCGUUGUACAGCCAUUAAUGAAGAUGGUGGGAUCUCAAGAUGAAGAUUUACAAGAAGCUGCAGCUGGUUGUAUUGGAAAUAUCAGACGCCUGGCUCUUGCUAAUGAAAGAGCAAAAUAUGCCUAAAUAUAACACUUCAAGAAUCUCAUUCUUUUCAUUCCAUUAUAUUUUGGCAUAUUUGGAUAUUUGGCAUAUAUAAUUUCAAAUCUAUGAACUGUAUAAUUGUGAAUAUAAUGAGUACCUAUUUUUAUCUGGAAAAAUUUGUCACCUUAAAAAAUAUCAAUCCUGUAUGUAAAUGGCAUUUCACCAAAAUACAACAUGGGUGGACACAUUAUAAUUAUAUCUAUUGUUAGGAAAUUUUUAACAAGACUUGCUUUCAUUCUAAAUCAAUUUAAACCUUUAUUAACAACAGGUGUGAGCUUGUUAAUAUUAAAAUUGUUAUUAAAUUUGUUAUUAAAGUCAUACCAGUUAUAUUUGAAUGAUUAUUAAUAAAUCAAUAAGACAGAUCAAUAAUCUGAGUGACUUCAGUCUAUAAGUUGAUAAAAGUACAACAAGCAAAACAUAAAUAUUUCUUUGUGAUCUCACUGAAAAACGUUGCUCAGGAUAAUAAUAAUAGUGAAAGGAAUUGAAAAGAGGUUUUCUAAACUUUUUAUGUGUAUAUUAAGAUUAAGUGGAAAUUGCAAGACAAGACUUUCGGAUGCAAACUGGAAUGGUCCAAAUCAAUGUUAGCAGUGACCCAAAUGCACAAUAAAAGUUAGAAAACCUCUUUACAAUCCGUUUAAGUUAUUGUCAAGUUUUCAAAUGCCGUCCUCAAGUCAGCAUUCAUAACAACUAUUUGUUGCAUUUAAAUACUGCAGAUGAUACAGCCAAAUUUUAUACUUAUUUAUUUUGAAGAAAUUGUGCUAUAGACAGAAACUGUGAUACAAAAUUAUUGUUAUUUUAAUAAAGAAACAAAAUUAAU